AUGGGGAACGAUAUGAAGAGAGUUGCUUUUUGGGAUGUCGUUAUCGUCAAAUUCCGCACAAUUUUGAACAAGGGUGACAUGUAUCUCAAUAAUGAUAUGCUUAGUGGCAAAUGGACUCAAAUUAGCCGGAAGUGCACCAAAUUCAAUUCCAUAUACAACAAACUUUCUUCGCAACGUCAAAGUGGUGCCAAUGAUUUCGAUGUGUUUAGAGCCGCGAGGGAGGAAUAUCAUGUGCAAAUGGGGCACGUAUUUGAGUAUGAAAAAGUAUGGGAGUUAGUGAGGAAAGAUCCAAAAUGGAUGAAAACGCCAAUAUCAUCGGAACAACAAUCCAAAAGGUCUCGUGGUUCGGGUUCGGUUGACGUUUCCGACGGACACACGAACAUCGACCUUAACGCGGACACCGAUGAGAUCCCGGACGAGUUUGACGACAUUGAGGAAAUCUCUCCGCCACGACGACCUAUGGAGCGCGACAAAGCGAAACGCGCUCAACGACAUGCAGAGAAGAAUGAAAGUUGGCUUCGAGAGCACGAGGAAAUGAAAAAAAAAUUCGACGCCCACACGGAAAUCGCAAAUAAAAGAUACGAAUUGCAACGGGAGCAUUUGGAUUUCCUUCGUCAAGAAGCCCAAGAAGAUCGCAUAUCGAAGGAUUUGACAAUUCUUACGACAAACGAACAAAAUUUACCACCGAGACGAACUGAAGUGAUACGGAGGAUGAAGGCACAAAUAGAGAAAAAAAAUACUUGGGCGGAGAAUAGUUUGUCGGUGUUUUUUUUUUUUUUAAAAUUAUUAUGA